AUGGAGGUAAGUGGAAGGGAUAGGAGGGAGGGGCUGAAGGCAGUGCUGUACAUGGUGGUAGUGCAUGUAAUAGUUGUAGGAAUGAACAUCCUCUACAAGCUUUCCGCAGAUGGAGGUCGAAUGAGCCUUCGCGUCCUUGUAGCUUACCGGUACAUGUUCGGAGCUGCCUUCCUCUGCCCUCUUGCCUUCUUCUUGGAGAGGGCAUCGCUCAACCAAAAUCUCUACAUUGCCGCUUUGAAAAUGACUUCAGCUACAUUGGCCGUUGCAAUGACCAACCUCCUCCCUGCUUUCACAUUCAUUUUGGCCAUCAUGUUCCGAUUAGAGAGGCUGGAGAUUAGGUCUUCAAGAAGCCAGUCUAAGGUAUUGGGGACAGCAGUAGGCGUGUGUGGAGCCAUGCUACUGACCUUCUAUCAUGGUGCAAAGCUCCAGCUGUGGUCAUUCCACACCCACCUACCGCACCAUCACCCCAACCAACAUCAGUCCGGCAACCAAGUACUGGGCUCAAUGCUGGCCAUGGCAAACACAUUGAGCUAUGCUACAUGGCUUAUAAUCCAGGCUAAGAUGAGCAAGAGAUAUCCGCACCCUUACUCGAGCUCAGCCCUCUUCAACCUGUUUGCAGCCAUUCAAUCUACAUGUGUUGCUGCUGUCACAGAUUGGGAUCCAUCUGCAUGGGAGCUUCGUUGGGAUGUUAACCUUUUGACGAUCAUCUACACGGGCAUACUGGUAUCAGGCUUGGUUGUGGCUCUCAUGUCAUGGGCUAUUCAGAUGAGAGGACCACUGUUUGUCUCAGCUUUCAACCCCUUGUCCCUUGUCAUUGUUGCCUUUUUUGGGUCCAUAUUUCUUGAUGAGGCUCUUCAUCUAGGAAGUGUGGUUGGUGCUGGAUUGAUCAUCUUGGGACUGUACACUGUACUGUGGGGCAAAGGGAAAGAGGUGAAGGAACUUGUCCAGCUUCAGGCACACAGAUCUGCUGGAGAAGCAACUAAACUGGAUUCAGAUGGGUUGCACUCGAACCCGGCAGGUGCAGGCAUUGGUGCAAAUCAAGUGCCAGAGCACCGCAUUAAAGAAGAUCAGAUAGACAGUGUUCAGUUGUAG